UCCAGGCAUCACAUCCACAUUCCAGGCUGAAGGAAGAGAAGAAAGUUGGAGUUUAGGGGGAGCUUCAAUGACAUUUUUCCUUUUAUCAGGAAGUGACUUGGCCAGACCCUGCUCCCUGCCUGAAGCAUGUAGGAGACUAUACAAAUCAAAGGUCCCUCGGGCCCAUCAGCAGGUCAGUGUCAACGUUUCCUCCAAGGACUCUGAGAUGAAAACAGAAGAGCCACCCCCAAGUCUUGGGCAGACCCUGGAGUGGCUGAGAAAGGAGCUGGCAGAGAUGCAAGUUCAAGACCACAGACUCCUGCUCACACUGAGGCAUCUUCACAGUGUCCUGGAGGAGCUGCGCGCUGAGAGUGCCCACUGGGAGGAUGCCAGGUCCAGCGGAGGGACGUCCCCCAUCAGAGCUCGAGCAGGCUCUGAAAGCACAGGCCGCGCCCCUAUCUCCUCCAAGGGGCUCGCCCAGCUCCUCCAAGGGGCAGAGAGCAGACGAAGCUCCCUCCCUUAACUGGCCAAGCCUGACUCCCGGGCUUGAACCCUCCCACCACGUGUCCAAACUCUGACUGUGAUGCUGCUGGGGGAGAGCACUGCAAUGGGAGUCAGGGAGCCAGGGCUCUGAGUUCUUCUCCGCUCUUAUCUGCCGUGGGUCCCCAAACCCAUCCGUCAACUCCUUUUCUGUUGCCCCUCAGGGUUUUUGGUGAGGCACAAGUAAGAUAUCAGAUGUGGACCUGCUUCUUAAACACUGGCCUCUGGCCAGCCCUGUGACAGUAAUCUUGCCCUGUGGCAUUCCCCU